AUGACUUCGUUGGUGCAGGGGUUCAUAGAAAAUCUAGCAGAGAAUUACGCUACUGACAAGUGGAACGACUACGCAGGCGAACGCUUUCAGCCAACCAAAGAUCCGUUUUAUGAGGUAUCACCGGAGGGCAAACGCAAAAGACGCAAACUGCCGGAAUACUGCCCUACGCGCGAGAAAAAACUCUGGAAAAAGCUACAAAAUCGAGCCUGGAAAGAUGAUAGGUGUUUAUGUGGAUGUUUGUGGUUGAACUGGGGGCUUGGACUCGCUCCAAUGCUAUCCAUAAUCCCAACUAUAGGGCCCAUCAUCAUGUAUUCGGUUCAUUCCAAACUCAUCUCCAUGGCGGAAAAAGAGCUAGACUUACCUGCAGAACUGGUGGCGAAGAUGCACGGAAACAUCUUUUUGGAUCUGCUGAUCUCGUUGCCACCAGUACUGGGCAUUCUUUUUGCGUGGAUGAACGCAUGCUCUACUCGCAAUUGCGCAAUGAUCUACAACUAUCUUGCUAAAAAAGCCAUUAAUAGCCACAAUGCACAUCUCCAACAGCAAGCUCAACGACCCUCACCGGCAGGUGUUCCAUCAAGCGCUGCUGCAGCUCGGCCUAAUCCUACAACGGCCGCAACAGCAGCAGCACCUCCUCCACCAGCAGCAGCUUCAUCAACUCUGCCAAAGUCGAGGGGGUUGUACGGAAACCAAGGUGCACCACGUAUGGCGCCCCAGAAACAGUAUCCAGUGUACUAA